AUGUUUGAAAAAUUUCAGUCUGGUUUCCGCCUUGGCCACAGCACGGAAACUGCUCUGGCCAGGGUCACUAACGACCUACUGAUAACUGAAUACGUCUCCCUGGGAGAAGCCAAGUCAGACACACUCCCCGUCUCCUGUGGUGUCCCCCAAGGGCUGAUGGAGCCAGAGUUGUGCUACGGGAAUGGCUCGUGUGUGAGGACGGUCUACCCUGUCACUGUCCGCGCCAUCCUCUACUUGACCCUUGGGUCUGCGGUGGUCCUCACAGUCCUGGGUAACCUCUUUGUGAUUGUGGCCAUCGCUCACUUCAAGCAACUCCACACGCCUACCAACUACCUGACCCUCUCCCUGGCCGUGUCCGACCUCCUCCUGGGGGUUCUGGUCAUGUUCCCUAGAAUGAUUCAGUCCAUUGAAACCUGCUGGUACUUUGGGGACAUUUUAUGCAAGCUCUUCAACAGCUCAGACAUCUUGCUGUGUACUGCUUCUAUAUUGAACCUGUCCUUUAUAUCCAUGGACCGCUAUUAUGCCGUGUGCCAGCCUCUGCUCUACCCCCAUAAGAUAACGGUUCACACCGCAGUCAUCAUGAUCCUGGUCACAUGGUGUGUCUCUGCUGUGGUCGGCUUUGGGAUAAUCUUCCUAAAGCUGAAUAUAUUAGGAAUAGAGGAGUUCUACACUCCACCAUCGGACUAUCUGACUCAACUCUCAACUGGUUUACCUCCUAUCUCACUAACAGAACUGAAUACGUCUCCCUGGGAGAAGCCAAGUCAGACACACUCCCCGUCUCCUGUGGUGUCCCCCAAGGGAUUGAAUACAAGGUUUCCCUACUGA